AUGCCACGAAGUCCCACCAAAUCUUUCUUCUACAAUCAAACCUCGGGUUCCUCAUCAUCGCCCCCUCGACCGUCACAUAGCCCUACCAAACGCAACCGGUAUCAACCGGACACCCUUCGCCUCCAACCUCUCGGAAUCGACCCUUCAGAGCUCGUCGGGAAGGUCCUCACUCGCGUGCGACGAUCGCCGAACCACCCCAACCUCACUUUGGACUUCGCCGAUAAGACCAGCUACCAGAUCCGAGUAGACGGCUACGACCCUGUGCACCGCGGAGUUCCGAAAGAGCUCGAGGUGUCUCCCAGCCUCCACGAUAUUCUGACGCCUGGCGACAUCGGCCGACUUACAAUCACCAACUGCGCCAUGAUCACCAUGACGGACAAAGCCUUCCGUCUGGACAAGGGGAAGCAACGUGACGGCGCGCGUCGAGAAGAGUUCGAGGACAGAUGGGAUCAGAACCACCUCGGCAUCGCGUUCAAGUUCGAGGAAGAGAAUAGGGACGGCGUGCCACGCUGGCACUCCGUUUGGGCGACGCUCGUGGAACACGACCAGGAGCUAGGAACUUGCGUAUUCCGGAGCUACGACGAUGUGUAUAUCGACCGGCUUGUUCGCCACCGCCACCGCAAGCGAUCUCAGAAUUGAUCAUUGAGACCAUCAUACUCGUGCAUUGGACUGAAUCCUCGGAUUAUGUGCCCUCGCCUGCUUCAUUCCCACUGCCUCCGUCACAUUGUCUCGGCUGAUAGCCC